AUGGAUAACACGCAUAUUAAAACUGAAGAACCCUCCGUGACUUCCCAGAAUGAGACUGCCACUGUUGCUGCUACUUCAUCUAAUGACAAUACCAUAGCCGUGACUAGUAGUAGUCCCACAUCAACAACAUCAGCCUUUCAACCAUAUCAACAACUCCAUGAAGCAGUGUUGGCAGCAGUGAACAGCAAUACAUCUCUUUCGAACAGUCUUUUUUCCGCCGCUGUGGCCGCCGCAGCCGCCAAUAGCAACGUCCCCAUCCAUUCUCACACACCCCAGCUGCAACCACUUGACCAACCACAUCAGCAAACCAUUCAAAACCCACCAACAGCUCGUCGUAUCAACCAGGAAAUGGAUCAAGCUAAAAAGGAGAGUGUUCGUGCCUCAAACAGAGAGAGAAAGAAGAAAUGGCGUAUCCACAAUGAAGAGAGAAAUAAGGAUAAUGAUUUGAGAUGCAGAGUCAACAAGAGAGCCAAUAAGUUGUAUGGUAGUCAGGAUUCACCAGCCAAGCAACAAUGGGUUCAGGAAGAAUUUGAAAAGCGCCGCCAAAAGCGUAUGGAUAAGGAGAGAAGAAAGCAUCUCGUCAACAAUGUGUUGAGCGUGCCAAAUGCAACAAAUCCUGAAGCACAUCACGGUGUAUCCACUGAGGACAAUCACAACACAGAUGGCAAUAACAACAAUAACGACGCCAACACGGUUUCCAUGCUGAACAGUGUAAAUGCCAACCAAAUGCAAAACUUUUACACACCGUUACCACAAAUUGAUACUGCUACCGCUGCUAAAUUAUUGGAUUUCCCAACUGAUUUGCAACGCCAGCUAUUGGAGCAAUUGAACAAUAGUAUGAUGGCUCUUACAAAUGGUAUUCAGCCUCCUCCAACUGAUCAAGGUAAUGAAGACAACAACAAUGCGGAUGCCUCGGGUUCUGCAGACAUGGUGUACGACAAUCAGCAGGCAGCCGCUGUAGCAGCCGCCAAUGAGGCUCUUCAACAGGUCAUUGCACAAGGUCUUUCUACCAAUACGACCAGUGCAACCAGCAGCGGCCAUAACUCACCAAUGCAGUAUACUGCCACCACAGCUACUACCAACGAUUUGAUGGAGACUGAUGAAGUCAAAGCCGAGCCAGCAGAGGUUCCAGCAGAAGGUCCAGAGGUGAAAGCAGAGUCAACUGAGGAAGAUAAGGUCAAGGAUGAGAAUGGUGAGGAAAAGAAGCCUGAGUAUCCUAUGGAUGCUGUCCUCACAUUGAUGCAAUUGAACGCUGGUUGGAGACAGUAA